AUGACACAAUCCAUCCAAUCUUCGCAUUCAUUCCGAUUGAUCCCAAUCGAUCAACAACAACAGAAUGUAACCAACUCGGAAAGCAUCAUUCACUCGGGAUAUGUUGUGAUUGGCAGAGGAAGCUGCCCAGAUGAUCUAGAUAAUUCUCAAUUUUAUAGCAUUGGCGAAGGAGAAACAAGAGUUUCUCACAAACAUUGCUCUAUUAUUUAUGACAGCAGCCGAGACCAAUUUUUCUUACUCAACCACAGUAAGAAUGGCACUUGGUCACGAAACGGCAACCAAAAAGUUCAAUUUGAGCCCGCUCAGCUUGAAGACACGGAACGAUUUUAUUUGGAGAAAGACAAUAAAUGUGGAUUUGUGUUUAAGCGAGAAUAA